CAUCCGCGUGGUGAUUGCUUGUUGCAGGUCUGUGAUGGGCCCGAAGUCGAUCGGAAUUUACAAUUUUGCCUAUGGGGUUUCGAGAGGAUGAGAACGAGCCACGUUUCAUGCGACGGAAUAGGAGCGGGAUUGAAUAGGAUGGAGAUAAAAAAGAAGCACGCUAGGGUAUCUAAAUUGCACAAUCUUCUUGCGCACUGUUACUGCGCCCAAUGCCAGUAUAAGUAGUUUUCUGCCGGUUGGAAAAAAAAGCUGUCUUCUCUGUCUCUUUUUUGUACUCUUACAUUUUUGAAAAGUUUGGUUCAACUGUUAUAUACUCCGUACGAUUUAUUUAUUUAUUUAUUAAAGUAGUACUCUGUGUCAUAUACGUAGCAGGAAAUUCGUGAGGCUGCGGUGCAUCCUGGAAUAAAAGCACUGUGUUCUGUUCUGGGUUUUAACUAUCUGUUGUGUGGUUGUAGUUAUUUUGUUUGCUCUGGCUCACAUUGAACUGUUAAAGCAUCUGAGCUCCAUCUAUUGCGCAGACUGCUGUAUCUUAUCUCUCUCUCUCAUAUGAAUGUGAUCAUUAUAUUUUUAUUCUCUUGGUUGGUUGUUGUUUUGUACGAUUGAGAGCUGAGAGUAGCGUGUGUUCCUUUUCUUGCUGCGUUCGUAAGGUCGCAAGUGACCUGAGGGGCGAGUUGAGAUGAUAGGAUUGAGUGAUUUCGGGUUAUAUAACUGUAUUCUUUAUUAGUCAUGGCUAUGCUAAAAACAGUAAUAUUUUGUGAGUCUGAGAAUUCCCCAAGAUCUUGAUUGUGUGGCUGUGCAUUGGGUCUCUUGCAAUAAUUAUAUGUAGAUAACAAUGGAGGGUUCUUCUGAGUCUGGUUUGCAGAAGUCUGAUGGUUCCAGAUGGUUGAAGUCUUCACCCUUCAUUGAAAGAAAUCCCAAAUUGGUUCAGGGAAGCACAGUAAAGUCAUCUAGUAAUGCAUUACUUGCUCGUAAGGGAAGUGAAACUGUUCUGUUGCCUAAAAUGUAUCGGUGGAGAUCCCACUCCGAGUUUCCUGAGAGUGAGCUAGCGCCUGACAGAUAUGGUAGGGUGGUUAAUUUGAGAAAGUGGCUGGACGAUCCCGAAAGAGCAGUGGACGCUCUUGAAUGUUUGCAAAUAUUCACUCAAGUUGUAGAAAUUGUUCACAUGUCACAUUCUCAGGGAAAUGUCUUCCAUAAUUUGCGACCCUCGUGCUUUGUGUUAUCCUCAUUCAACCGUGUCUCCUUUAUGGAAUUGGCAUCAUGCUCUAAUUCUACUUUGGGUUUACUUGAAGUUAGGUUAAACAGCCAAACAGCAAAGUUUAAGGGUUCAAUUUCAUCUUCUCCUCGUGACUCUGAACUAGAAGGAUGGCCGUUGGUAACACCCAGGUCGCAACUUGAGAGGUAUCCUACCAAUAUGUUACCCAUAGUGUCUGAAACGGUUUGCCAACAGCAGCAAUCAGAGCAUGCUAAGCCAUGUUCUGAAACCUCUAAGAGCCAACAAAUGGAGGUGGAAGAGAAGCUUCCAUUUCCUAUGAAACAGAUAUUGCUUUUGGAAAUCAAUUGGUAUACUAGCCCAGAAGAGGUUGCCGGUGCUCCAAGCUCCUGUGCUUCUGACAUUUAUCGACUUGGAGUUCUCCUCUUUGAGCUGUUCUCCACAUCCAAUUCACUAGAAGAGAAGAGUAUCACUAUGUCUAAUCUGAGACACCGAGUCCUCCCAACCCAAUUGCUUUUGAAGUGGCCCAAAGAAGCUUCAUUUUGCUUGUGGUUACUGCACCCUGAGCCCAGCAGUAGGCCAAAUUUGGGGUGAGACUCAUAUUUCUUCUUGUCAUCUUAAUAAUAUGUGAUGUUUAAAUUGUGUACUGCAGCAUGAUUUUUACUCAAAUGCUUCUCAUAUAAUUCCAUCCACCCUAAACGUACCUAUAUGCUUUUAUGGGAUUUUACAUGAAUUUUUGUGCAAGUAAUAUUUGAUUUGGUAUAUGUACUUCUCUCCCUACUCUUUACUCAUAAUACAUUAGUGAUAUUAUGAUUUGCUUGCCUGUAGUUCUGUAUUUGAACUUGGGUUGCUUGGUAACAACCUCUCUACUUCCAAGUAGGGGUAAGGUGUAGGUACACGUGAUGAUACAAUCUUAUCUGCUGAUUUAUUUUUUGUUUGAGGUGCAAAUUUAACAAUAUAACAUCUUUGUGGUUAUUGCUUAUUUACUUUCUGCAUCAAGGAUGAUUCAAACAUCAGCAUGAAAACUAUAUUGCCCACUGGAUGGAAAAUAAUUGUUUUUGCCUAUCAAGUGUUCUUACUCUACUAAAGCAUUAUCAUUUUCUAUCAGAAAAAUUGGUUUGCAAUGCAUUUGCAACAUGAACGGUCAGGAUCAUUCAUGAACUCACACUAACAGUUAUUUUUUUAAUUUGAAUUACAUUGAAAGAGAUCUUGAAAUAUGUAAUUAUCAGCAAUAGUUUAACCAUGAUUUUUAAUUACACGGUAUGCCCUCGUAUUUUCAUUCUUAUACUCAAAUCAUCAAUAAUAACAGCGAGUUAUCACAAAGUGAGUUCUUGAAUGAUCCAAUAGAACAGCUUGAAGACCAAGAAGCAGCAAUAGAGCUUAGAGAAAAAAUAGCGGAGCAGGAACUGUUGUUGGAGUUUCUUUUGCUCAUGCAACAGAAAAAAUUAGAGGCUGCAGAAAUUUUGAAUGAAACAGUGUCUUUUCUAUCUACGGAUAUAGAAGAAGUUACAAAUAUGAAGACAGCAAUGAGGAUAAAGGGAGCAUCUGACCUGGCAGUGGCCAAGGAUCCACCGUCAAACAGGACUAGUAGGCCUCAAAAUGAUGAUGAUAAUGGAAACAGAGGAUCUAGAAAGCGAUCAAGGCCAGGUCUUGGUACCUGCUAUUCGGAGGUGUCCGGCAACCAAUCAGAUGAGUAUAUAAUAUCAAAGACACAUGUUGAAAAUGAAGGGACCUUUCUCUCAAAAAGUUCCCGGUUGAUGAACGAUUUCAAAAAGAUAGAGGCAGCUUAUUACUUGACUAGACGCAGAUCUUUAAAACCUGCCGGUAAACCCUUGAGCAGACAUCCUCAUAUAAGUAGUGAUGGCAAGUGUUCUGCCGUAGUGGCUGAAAAAAGUUCUGUCAGUAAUUUGUCAUCAAAGGGAAGCUACAAUAAGGGAACACAAAGUGGAUGGAUCAAUUCAUUCCUAGAAGGCUUGUGCAAGUAUCUCUCUUUCAGUAAGUUAGAAGUGAAGGCAGACUUGAAGCAAGGGGAUCUACUAAAUUCUUCAAAUCUUGUAUGCUCUCUCAGCUUUGACCGUGAUGGUGAAUUUUUUGCAAGUGCUGGUGUAAAUAAGAAAAUCAAGGUCUUUGAAUACAAUUCAAUCUUAAAUGAAGAUCAUGAUAUUCAUUAUCCUGUUGUUGAAAUGGCCAGUAAAUCAAAGCUAAGCAGUAUUUGUUGGAAUAGUUAUAUCAAAAGCCAAAUUGCUUCAAGUAACUUUGAAGGUGUAGUGCAGGUAUGGGAUGUCACAAGGAGCCAACUUUUCAUGGAAAUGAGAGAGCAUGAGAGGAGGGUCUGGUCUGUGGACUUCUCAGUUGCAGAUCCAACUAUGUUGGCCAGCGGCAGUGACGAUGGAUCUGUUAAACUAUGGAACAUCAAUCAGGCAAGUGCCAGUGUUGGAACCAUCAGAACAAAAGCAAAUGUAUGCUGUGUUCAGUUUCCCUUUGAUUCUGGCCAUUCCCUUGCAUUUGGUUCUGCAGAUCAUAGAAUCUAUUACUAUGAUCUGCGAAAUUCUAAAAUUCCUUUAUGCACUCUAAUUGGCCACAACAAGACGGUGAGCUAUGUCAAGUUUAUUGAUUCAACAACACUUGUGUCUGCAUCGACUGAUAACACAAUAAAGCUUUGGGAUUUGUCAAUGUGCACAUCUCGGAUUCUUGAUUGCCCUAUCCAGUCAUACAGUGGACACAUGAAUGUAAAGAACUUUGUCGGCCUCUCUGUAUGUGAUGGUUACAUUGCAACUGGUUCAGAAACAAAUGAGGUUUACAUUUACCACAAAGCUUUUCCAAUGCCUGCAUUAUCAUCCAACAAGUUUACUAGCACGGACCCACUUUUUGGCGAUGCGGUGGAUGACACCUCACAGUUUAUAUCAUCGGUUUGCUGGCAUGGUAAGUCAUCCACCUUAGUUGCGGCAAAUUCAAUGGGCAAUAUGAAGAUCUUGGAGAUGGUUUAGUGCUGUCGAUAAACCUUAAUGGCAUAAGAACGGUGUUGCAAGAUAACAUGAAUUUAUUGGGGACACAAAAAAAACACGUAAAUGACUGCAAUGGAAGUUACUGUGGCAUCUGAGGUGAAACUUUUAGUAGGAACUGUUGGCUCAAAGAUGUGGUUAACAAGAAAAAAAAAGAUGAUUUUUGUAACUAGUUCAUAGCGGAAACAGCCGAAUUGGGGUAUAAGAGUAUAUAGAUAACACGGAGGGGUGAAAAAGCUGAUACUCCGUAAUUGUUUCGCUCGACUGAGAGGUUGAGUUAAUGAAGUGUAAAAAGAUUUAACCAUCCCAUUUUAUUCCGUAUUUGUACUAUAAUCAGCCCAUGCCAAUUAGGUAUUUGUACUAAUAUUAGUCAAACAUCAUAAACUAAAAUAUAUGGAGUAUGUAAUUUGGAAUAUAAUCCUGCCAUAUUU